AUGCUGACAUUCGUCACAUUUUUCCCAGAAGGGCUGGUACUUCACCUUUCUUCAUUUCUGUUGUUCACCUUAUAUGCCAGUACAGUUGCUGCCAGCCAAACCAGACCCAGUUAUCACAUCAACCCCGAAAUGAAACGGAUGAAUGACCCCCAACGUCCGUUCCGUCUCGGGGAUGAAUGGCAUUUCUACUACCUAUAUCACUCCAACUUCGACAUCUCAAACCCCGGUUCGGGUGUAGCAAUCGAGAAAUACAAACAGAACCCUCCCACCGGUGUGAUCCUGGGUGACAUUGAGACCGGCAGCGCAGCAGUCGUCGACACGGACAACAGUGCUGGAUUUGGCCAGAAUUCCGUCGUGGCCAUCCUCUCACAGAUGGCGGAUGAGCUGCAACAGCAGUCCCUUUUCUAUUCCACCGACAAUGGGUACAGUUUCCUCCCUUACGCGGGCUAUCCUGUAAUGCCAAACCCCAACCCGGAUGCGAAACCUGCCUUUCGAGAUCCCAAAAUCCUUUGGGAUGGCGAAGCGGGGCGUUGGGCCAUGUCUCUCGCGGAGGGUAACAAGAUUGGUUUCUACACCUCUCCAGAUCUUAAGACAUGGACAUAUAUGUCUGGGUUCAUACCCGAGAACUCCGGCGUAAACCUGGGCAUCCUCGAGUGUCCAGAUCUAUAUCAGAUCGACCUAGAUAGGGACACCACAAAGCGAACCUGGAUCCUCGGGGUGAGCGCGAAUGGUUACUUCUAUAAUAGGACAACGGAUACCGUAUAUUGGACCGGAACAUGGGACGGCAAUGGCUUCACACCCACGAACGGUUUUCCGCAAUGGAUGGAUGACGGGCCUGACUUCUACGCCACGGUCAGCUGGGACAACUUGGACGACACAUACGGCAGCCGGUAUGCAAUUGCCUGGAUGAAUAACUGGGGUUACGCAGAUUCGCUGCCUUAUUACGGAGAUUUCGCUGGUCAGGAUAGUAUGAUCCGGGAGGUCAAGUUUAAGACUAUUAGCAGAAUGUAUGAAGAUGUCUUCGCACCUCCAAACUCCGUGAGCGGGAAUACCAUCGCGAUGGAUCCGGCAUCUGCAUCUCUUCCCAGCAGCCCGAUGGGAGGUGCGUACAUCAUCAACGCCACGGUCGCCAAGAACAACGGCGACAACGGCAAUCAUGUCCACUUUCGCAUUAAAUCUGACGGGUCUUUCAGCACGACCGUAGGUUACGACUUCACGCAUUCCCAGGUGUUUUUGGUCAGGGACUCCGACGGUUACGCGACGGAUUCUAUGCCGUCAGAUCCAAAACAAAUAUACGAUGCUGUGCGCAUGGCGCCAAAUACUUCAGGUGGGAACACGGUCAAAAUGGUGAUAUAUGUGGAUUGGAAUUCUGUGGAGGUGUUCGUGAAUGAUGGUGUGGCAGUGCUAUCGGGACUAAUUUAUUCCAAACAAGCGGCAGAGGAAAUUCAGGUUGUGUCCGAUAUAGGAAGAUUGACGUUGGUGACGUUUAGUUAUGCUGGACAUGUGAUGUAA